GGUUGUCCACAGGUCUCCUUAACUGAUAUUUAUGAGAGGCAGGUUAUGAGGAAGGCAAAUGACAUACUUGACUGUGCAGAUCACCCCCUUCAUUGUUCAUUUGAGGUUCUCCCUUCAGGCAGGAGAUUCAGAGUCCCUUGUUUUAAGUCCAACAGGACAAAGAACUCCUUUUUACCAAGUGCGAUUAGGCUGCUAAAUUUGCACAAUUCUUGGACCGAGAGGCGAAGCUGUUCAUAGCAUUUUUUAAAAUUGUGGUCUUUGUUAUUUUAUGUGUAUGUGUUAUCUGUUGUUGUGUAUCUGUGUGCUCACCUGCUGUAAGAUAAGUUUCCCCUCCUUAGGGGACAAUAAACUUGAACUUGAACAGGGUCAGUUUGUAACAGAAAAAGUGUGACGAUUGCAGGAGUGCCUAAAUGUUAAAAAUUAUUGUUUUUCAGAAAGCCACAAUCAAAUAACCCUUUCUGGAUUCUUCACGGAACAAAAGUAAAUAAAAUGAAAAUAAUAAUAUAAUAUAAUAAUAAUAAAUAAUAAUAACACUAUUAAUUAAAUUGAUAAUAACCAAAUAACCCUCUCUGAGUUCUUCACAGAAAAAGGCCAGGAAUUAAAUAAUACUAUUGAGAAAAAAAAAAAUCAAAAUGCUCUCUGGUAUUGUUCAGGGGGCUGGACCAAAUGUGGAGGCGGGCCGGAUAACUAAUGAAACAUUUGCUAUGAUACUUCAAAACAUGUAGUUUCUAAACCUUUAUGUACUGCCAAAAACGGGGAAAUAAAAACACGGCUUGCUUAAGAGGUUGUCUUUCCAUAUAGUUGUAUCAUUCAUACAGGCAGUCACGACACAAUAGCAUCCACACGUGUCAUUCACUGUGCCUGGAAACUGUGAUGUUUGCACGAGCGGAUCAAUUCUGUCCACUGAAUGGCUGAAUUUAGGCAGAGAUGACUGACAUAACAUCCACUCCGCUGAAGUUAAUGCAGCAGGCACUUUUAUCACAGUCAGCACAGAGGAACCUUGAAACAACACCAGAAAAGGAUGAGGAAACACUGUGCGAUCAAACAUGGAAUAUUCAAGGAAUUCCUGGCAGAAUUCCUCGGGACCUUUGUUUUGGUUUUGUUUGGCUGCGGCUCCGUUGCCCAAACUGUUCUGAGUCGAAACUCCUUGGGUGAGCCGCUCACCGUGCACAUUGGCUUCUCCGUUGGACUGAUGAUGGCGGUUUACGUGGCCGGUGGGGUAUCAGGGGGCCACGUGAACCCUGCGGUCUCCCUGGCUAUGGUCAUCCUUGGCAAACUGAAGAUUUGGAAGUUUCCUCUCUACAUCAUCGCUCAGUUUCUCGGUGCGUUUGCAGGAGCUGCUGCAGUAUUUGGAUUAUACUACGAUGCUUUCAUGGACUUCACCAGUGGGAUUCUGUCGGUGACGGGAAUCAAUGCGACCGGUCACAUAUUCGCAUCCUACCCGGCGAGGCACCUGUCCAUUCUUGGAGGAUUUAUCGACCAGGUGGUGGGCACCGGCAUGCUGGUUUUGUGCAUCUUAGCCAUCAUUGAUGGCGGAAACAUUGGUGCCCCCAAAGGUGUUGAGCCCCUGGCUAUCGGACUGAUCAUCAUGGCCAUCGGUGUGUCUAUGGGACUCAACUGUGGCUACCCCUUAAACCCUGCCAGGGACCUCGGACCACGACUUUUCACCGCCGUGGCAGGAUGGGGGAUGGAGGUUUUCAGCACGGCAGACUACUGGUGGUGGAUCCCUGUGGCGGGUCCUAUGGUUGGGGCCGUGGUGGCGGCCGUCCUGUACUACUUGCUUAUUGAACUUCACCAUCCACGCUGCGAAGCCGAGAAGCCACAGGAGGAUGGGGCCGAGGAGGAGGAGGAGGAAGAAGAUGAGGAGGACGAGGACUGCAGUAUGAAGGACAAAUACGAGAUGAUCACCAUGAGUUAAACUCAGUGGCAUUUGCUACUAUGACACAAAUAUAGAAGCAAUCUAUAUCAGCCAUCAGCUACAGUGGGGCAAAUAAAUAUUUAGUCAACCACUAAUUGUGCAAGUUCUCCCACUUGAAAAUAUUAGAGAGGCCUGUAAUUGUCAACAUGGGUAAACCUCAACCAUGAGAGACAGAAUGUGGAUUAAAAAAAACAGAAAAUAACAUUGUUUGAUUUUUAAAUAAUUUAUUUGCAAAUCAUGGUGGAAAAUAAGUAUUUGGUCAAUACCAAAAGUUCAUCUCAAUACUUUAUGUACCCUAUGUUGGCAAUAACGGAGGCCAAACGUUUUCUGUAACUCUUCACAAGCUUUUCACACACUGUUGCUGGUAUUUUGGCCCAUUCCUCCAUGCAGAUCUCCUCUAGAGCAGUGAUGUUUUGGGGCUGUCAUUGGGCAACGCCGACUUUCAACUCCCUCCACAGAUUUUGUAUGGGGUUGAGAUCUGGAGACUGGCUAGGCCACUCCAGGACCUUGAAAUGCUUCUAACGAAGCCACUCCUUUGUUGCCCUGGCUGUGUGUUUGGGAUCAUUGUCAUGCUGAAAGACCCAGCCACGUCUCAUCUUCAAUGCCCUUGCUGAUGGAAGGAGAUUUUCACUCAAAAUCUCUCGAUACAUGGCCCCAUUCAUUCUUUCCUUGACACCAGACAUGUCCAAAGUCUGGCCCGGGUGCCAAAUGCGGCCCUUGGUCAAAUUUCAUCCGGCCCCCAGCCUCUGUCAUAAAAUAACAUCUGGCCCGCACACAGAUUUAAUAAAUUGGUCAGCAGUACUGCAACCAGCAUAUGAAGUAGCUUACACACGAAAUGCUGCUCCUCAUUUACCCACUAAAAGGCAGCAGCACUUUAACCCUUUAUUGCCAAAUGUAUCACAUUUGAUACACCUAAAAUUUCAUAAUUUUCUGACUAAUUUAGAAUUUUGACAUUUCUUUUUGGAAAAAAAAAAAAUAUGGAUGCAAGUCAACACAUGCAUCUGCAGGUUCCAUGAGAAAAAAAACCAUGAUUUAGUAUUGGUUAUAGACAUUAGAGCGCUUAUUACACAUAUUCAUUUUGACUUUUCUUUUCAUAAAUUUGAAAAAAGGUUUCAUUAGGACCUUAUUUUUCAAAUUUUGGGAUUCUCUGAUAAUUGCUUCAUGUUGCAGGUAUUUAAGGGCUAAGCAACAUUACUACGUGUGACCCUCUACUUCCAAUUUUCUAAGAUGGUGACAUUCAACAAAAAAAGUUGACUGUGACGCCGACGCUUCAAGGAUGGAUGGAAAUUGGACUAUUUCUUCACCAAAAUACGCAACAACUGUGUCUUGCCUCAUUUGCAAAGUGACAGUCGCUGUUUUUAAAGAUUUCAAUGAGGCGAUGUUACCAAACAAGACACGCUCACAUGUACGACAACAUUACAGGGAAAAUACGCAGCGAGAAAUUGAAGCAACUUGAAGCUAGUUUAAUUUUACAGCAGUAGUAUUUCGCAAGAGCCCGAGAGUCGAAAGAGAACGCCGCAAAGGCUAGUUGCGAGAUUGUUGAAAUUAUUCAUUAAAAAGAUAAUAAAGCAAAUGUGACACACUGAAUUUUUUGCCUAAAUAUACUGUUCUAUGUAAAGGACGUCAGCCACGGUCGGCCCCCCACAUUUUUACCAAGCCAAAUCUGGUCCCCUUUGCAAAAAGUUUGGACACCCCUGCUUUACACAGAUCAGUCGUCCUGGUCCCUUUGCAGAAAAACAGCCCCAAAGCAUGAUGUUUCCACCCCCCAUGCUUCACAAUGGGUAUGGCUUUCUUCGGAUGCAAUUCAGUAUUCUUUCUCCUCCAAACACGAGAACCUGUGUUUCUACCAAAAAGUUCUAUUUAGGUUUCAUCUGACCAUAACACAUUCUCCCAGUCCUCUUCUGGAUCAUCCAAAUGCUCUCUAGCGAAUCACAAACGGACCUGGAUGUCUACUUUCUCCAGCAGGGGGACACGUCUGGCAGUUCAGGAUUUGAGUCCCUGACGGCGCAUUGUGUUACCAAAAGUAGCCUUUGUUACUGUGGUCCCAGCUCUCUGUAGGUCAUUCACUAGGUCCCCCCGUGAGGUUUUGGGAUUUUUGCUCACCGUUCUUGUUAUCAUUUUGACGCCACGGGGUGAGAUCCAGCAUGGAGCCCCAGAUCGAGGGAGAUUAUCAGUGGUCUUGUAUGUCUUCCAUUUUCUAAUAAUUGCUCCCACAGUUGAUUUCUUUACACCAAGCGUUUUACCUAUUGCACAUUCAGUCUUCCCAGCCUGGUGCAAGUCUACAAUGUUGUCUCUGGUGUCCUUCGACAGCUCUUUGGUCUUGGCCAUAGUGGAGUUUGGAGUGUGACUAACUGAGGUUGUGGACAGGUGUUUUUUAUACCGGUAAUGAGUUAAAACAGGUGCCAUUAAUACAGGUAACGAGUGGAGCCUAGUUAGACCUCGUUAGAAGAAGACCUCUUUGACAGCCAGAAAUCUUGCUUGUUUGUAGGUGACCAAAUACUUAUUUUCCACUCUAAUUUGGAAAUAAAUUCUUUAAAAAUCAAACAAUGUGAUUUUUUUUUUUUUUUCUCCAUAUUCUUUACCCAUGUUGACAAUUACAGGCUUCUCUAAUCUUUUCAAGUAGGAAAACUUGCACAAUUGGUGGCUUACUAAAUACUUACAGUUGUGGUCAAAAGUUUACAUACACUUGUGAAGAGCAUAAUGUCAUGGCUCUCUUGAGUUUCCAGUUAUUUCUACAACUCUGAUUUUUCUCUGAUAGAGUGAUUGGAACAGAUACUUCUUUGUCACAAAAAACAUUCAUGAAGUUUGGUUCUUUUAUGACUUUGUUAUGGGUGAACAGAAAAAAGUGAUCAAAUCUGCUGGGUCAAAAAUAUACAUACAGCAGCGCUAAUAUUUGGUAACAUGUCCCUUGGCCAUUUUCACUUCAAUUAGGCGCUUUUGGCAAGCUUCUGGUUGAAUCUUUGACCACUCCUCUUGACAGAAUUGGUGCAGUUCAGUUAAAUUUGAUGGCUCUCUGACAUGAACUUGUUUCUUCAGCAUUGUCCACAAGUUCUCAGUGGGGUUUAAGUCAGGACUUUGGGAAGGCCAUUCGAAAACCUUAAUUCUAGCCUGAUUUAGCCAUUCCAUUACCACUUUUGAUGUGUGUUUGGGGUCUUUGUCCUGUUGGAACAGCCAACUGCGCCCAAGACCCAAUCUUCGGGCUGAUGACGUUAGGUUAUCUUGAAGAAUUUGAAGGUAAUCCUCUUUCUUCAUUAUCCCAUUUACUCUCUGUAAAGCACCAGUUCCAUUGGCAGCAAAACAGCCCCACAGCAUAAUACUACCACCACCGUGCUUGACGGUAGGUAUGGUGUACUUGGGGUUAAAGGCCUCACCUUUUCUCCUCCAAACAUAUUGCUGGGCAUUGUGGCCAAACAGCUCAAUUUUGUUUUUGUCUGACCACAGAGCCUUCCUCCAGAAGGUCUUAUCUUUGUCCAUGUGAUCAGCAGCAAACUUCAGUCGAGCCUUAAGGUGCCGCUUUUGGAGCAAGGGUUUCCUUCUUGCACAGCAGCCUCUCAGUCCAUGGAGUUGCAAAACACGCUUGACUGUGGACACUGACACCUGUGUUCCAGCAGCGUCUAAUUCCUGGCAGAUCUGCUUUUUGGUGAUUCUCAGUUGAAUCUUCACCCUCCUGACCAAUUUUCUCUCAGCAGCAGGUGAUAGCUGGUGUUUUCUUCCUGAUCGUGGCAGUGACAAAACAGUGCCAUGCACUUUAUACUUACAAACAACUGUUUGCACUGUUGCUCUUGGGACCUGCAGCUGCUUUGAAAUGGCUCCAAGUAACUUUCCUGACUUGUUCAAGUCAAUGAUUUGCUUUUUCAGAUCCAUGUAUGUAUAUUUUUGACCCAGCAGAUUUGAUCACUUUUUCUGUUAACCCAUAAU